CGGCCCACGACACAUUCUUACCCUGUAUAAGGUCCCUGCAAGGCCCGAUUUGUUGUUGGGUCGUCUGCGUUGCUCGCAUAGCCGUCUGAGGCCAUAGAGUUCCGAUUCCAGUCGAUGCUCUCGUCUCUCCUCUUCCCUUCGCUUCGCUCCGAAUCUUCGUUCUGGUUCGCUCUGUGCCUCUUCUCCUUCUUGAUUAUCAAGUUUUCGUCUCGUUGUCCUUCCUACGGCAAUUUGUGUGCAGGUUUCUGGGUUUGCACUUUGCAGGUUGUUUUGAGACAGGCCGAUGGCAGCGCUGAAGGAUCUCCUACCGCCUGUGAAGUCGUCAGCCUCUUCGUAUUAUGAUCAUUCCAAUGACGCAUGGUUCAAGCAGCGUUACAGUGCCGCUGAGGCAGAGCGCACCUCUGUUGUCAAAUCGAAUCCUGUUCCAGCUUACCUGAAGCGUGCUGGUUUUACUCCCCGGAAGCCGGAGGAUUUUGGAGAUGGUGGAGCUUUCCCAGAAAUUCACUACGCCCAGUACCCUCUGGACAUGGGUAGGACCAAAAAUGCAAAGCCUGGAGGAAGCAAGGUUCUCCCUCUGACAACUGAUGCGAAUGGAGAUGUAUCAUAUGACGCAAUUGUGAAGCAGAAUGAAAAUGCCUCAAAAAUUGUGUAUUCAAAGCACAAGGACCUUAUCCCCAAAGUUUUGAUGGGUGAGGAGGAGGAGACUGAUGAUGAGGAGUUGCAGAAAGAGAUUGAGGAAACAACUCAGGAAACAAAAGCUACACUUGAAAAGAUUGUUAAUGUUAGGUUAAGUGCAGCACAGCCUAAGAAUGUUCCAAAGCAGUCAACGGAUUCAAAGUUCAUCAAGUAUAAACCAUCACAGCAAUCUACAGCCUUCAAUUCAGGAGCAAAGGAGAGGAUCAUUAGGAUGGUGGAGAUGCCAGUGGACCCACUUGAGCCUCCGAAGUUUAAGCACAAGCGGGUGCCAAAGGCUUCUGGGUCUCCACCAGUGCCGGUGAUGCAUUCCCCGCCUCGCCCGGUGACCGUGAAAGAUCAGCAGGAUUGGAAAAUCCCUCCUUGCAUUUCGAAUUGGAAGAACCCAAAAGGUUACACAAUUCCACUGGACAAGCGUCUAGCAGCAGAUGGAAGGGGGCUUCAAGAGGUUCAGAUUAAUGAUAAUUUUGCCAAGCUUUCUGAGGCUUUGUAUGUUGCUGAGCAAAAGGCUAGGGAAGCUGUUGCGAUGAGAUCUAAGGUUCAGAAGGAGAUGCUUAUGAAGGAGAAGGAACGGAAAGAGCAGGAGUUACGGGCUUUAGCUCAGAAAGCGAGGGCUGAGAGGACAGGUGGGGCGCCUGCAGCUGCAGUUCCAAUCCCUUCUGAGCAGAGUGUGUUGGGUGGUGAUGACAUGAGAGGGGAUUAUGAGCGCACAAGGGAAAAGGAUAAGGAUGUCCCUAGGGAGAUGAAAGAGGAAAGAGAGGAGCGGUUGCAAAGGGAGAAAAUUAGGGAGGAGCGACGCCGGGAGAGAGAAAGGGAGAGGAGGUUGGAGGCCAAAGAUGCUGCAAUGGGGAAGAAGAGUAAGAUUACAAGAGAUAGAGAUCGUGAUAUUAGUGAGAAGGUUGCUCUUGGCAUGGCUUCUGCUGGAGCAGGGAGAGGAGGGGAGGUUAUGUACGAUCAGAGGCUGUUCAACCAGGAGAAAGGAAUGGACUCUGGGUUUGCCACAGACGAUCAGUACAAUGUGUAUGAUAAGGGCUUGUUUACUGCUCAACCUACACUAUCCAGUCUUUACAGACCGAAGAAAGAUAUGGAUGAUGACAUGUAUGGUGGUGCGGAUGAGCAGCUUGAUAAGAUUUUGAAGACGGAUAGGUUCAAACCUGAUAAAGGAUUUUCUGGUGCAUCUGAGAGGGCAGGACCAAGAGACAGGCCUGUUGAGUUUGAGAAAGAGGCAGAAGAAGCUGAUCCAUUUGGAUUGGACCAGUUCUUGACAGAGGUGAGGAAGGGAAAGAAGGCCAUGGAAAAAGUUGGUAGCGGUGGGACCAUGAAAGCGAGUGCUGGUUCUUCAAUGCGAGAUGGCUAUGAUGGAGGCUCUGGCAGAACUCGCAUUGGGUUUGAAAGGGGCCGUUAAUUGUAUACUAGUCCUAAGCUGUAACUGUUGUAUUGCUGUUUGAACUCUGUUGGUCAAGCUUGCCACCAUAAAAGAAAGAUCUUUAAAGUGACUUCUUCACAUAAAUAUUUGAUGCUUGCUGCUUAGUAAGUGGGGUGAUAUAAUGUCAUUUAGUGCUUGCUGAACAAACUGUAUAGGUUCUAUGUUUUGUGCUGUUGAAUUAUAUAAUUUUUUCCAUAAUAUAGCCGCUGUUGCUAACUA